AUACACAAGAAAACAAAUGCUUUUUCCAAUAAAUUAAAAGAAAAACAAAAAACCUUUAGUAAGAAGUAUAACAUAAUAAAUGGGACCGGGGUGACCGGUCAAAACAACUAGACCUGAUUAUGUCUCCUCCCUACUUCUGAUCUGUGCAGGGUGAUAUAUAGAUAGAAGAGAAGAAGAUGGAAAGUUCAAAAACUUUAUCGAAUUUGAAAAACUACUCUCAAGAAAACACAUUAAUGAGUACAUAUGAAAUAGGUGAAUCGUGUUUAGAAGGUGGUAAAGAAGGACUAAGAAGACAUCAACGUACAUAUUCUGAUAGCAUGCUAUGUGAUCAGCAGCAAGAAGUAGUUCCUUAUUGGUUGAAAGAUUUGCUUGAUGAGGAUGGACCCACAGAGUUAGAAGAUAAGCCUCUUUCAUGCAAGACUCAUAGACGUUCAUCAAGUGACUCCAUAGCAUAUGUACAUAAUAACACGGUAAUAAUUGAUGACUCUAAAAUCAAGGAACAACCCUCAUUUCAACAUCAUCAAUCUAGAACUACUGAUUCAAAACGAGGUGGUGUCAAAAGGCAUUCAGCUCAACAGUACCGGGCUAGGAAAGUUCAAUAUAUUGCUGAACUAGAAAGAGGUAUCCAAUCUUUACAGGCAGAAGGAUAUGAAGUUUCAGCGGAGCUUGAAUUUCUUGAUCAACAGAACCUGAUAUUAGGUAUGGAGAACAGGGCCCUCAAACAACGCUUAGACAGUUUAUCCCAAGAGCACUUCGUCAAAUGUUUGGAGCAAGAAAUGCUUGAGAGAGAGAUCACAAGGCUUCGAAAUCUUUAUCAACAACAACAACACAAACAGCACCAGCAAAAGCAAAAUUAUGGUAGGAAUCGAUCUAAACGUCAAUUAGAUAUUGAUUCCUCAAUUGCCAAAUUUUCUUUGAAGAAUAAAGGAACUGAAUCGCAUAAAGUCAGAUAAUUUGAUUAGAUUGUGAGGUCUCAUUCUCAAAUAUAGUAAAAGCCAUAUUCACAUAUAUAUUAUCUCUCGUUUAUAUAGUAGAAUGUCCAAGUAUUGUGGAAUUGAUCGAUCAUGUAGAACAAAGUUUAUUCAAAUUGGCAGCUAUCAUUAAUAAAUGCCAUGCAAAUAUGCAUUAUAGGCAAUAGCAUAUGGUCCAGUAGGAUGUAAAAUUCUCUAUGUAAACUCUACGUUUGUUUGUUUAAUAAAUUUCAUGUUAUCCGUCCAUUUAAAUAGAAUUUGUUGUUUAGUUUGAAA